AUGGAUAGAUCAGAAAGUUGCGAUCCCUACAGGUGUCCAGCUCGCCGGACCCAGUGGAUCGUCAGCGCCUUGGCUUAUCACUACGGGCUGGACCGGGGCGUUGAAAACGAGAUCAUUGUCCUCGCCACGGGUCUGGAUCAGUAUCUGCAGGAAAUCUUCCACCACUUGGAUUGCGAGGGUGAGGGCAGGAUUCCCGGGGAGGAUUUCCAAACCCUGUGCGAGAUCCUGGGACUGGAUGGAACCUCCGAGGCGGAAGAGUGCGCGGGAAUCCUGGAGCAGCUGCCCAAGGAGCUGAGUUUCCGCCAGUUUCACGCCAAGCUCUGCGGGCAUUUCAGCACCAGGGCCGGCUGCCAGUACGAGACCGGCCGGUUGCUGGUGGGGAAGGAGAGCGAGCACAUCGAGACCCAGAUCCGGCUGAGGAGCCCCCUGAGGCGGAGGAAGAAAACGAUUUGCGGCGGCCAGUCCGCUCCGUCGUUAUCUGGAUCGGAGGACAAGCGCCAAAGGGCAUCCUCGCUCGACAGGCAGCAGCGAAGGGGACUGUCUUGGAGGCAGCACGACUCCUGCAGCAAGGAAUGUUACGAGGACAUCGUGGCCCUGGAAGAGGCGGAAGACAAGAUCGCGAAGCUGGAACUGGAGAACGAAAGCCUCAGGGAGCUGGUGGAGGACAUGAGGGCCGCUCUGCAGAGCAGCGAUGCCCGGUCGCUGGCCCUGCAGGUGGGAUUGUGGAAGAGCCACGCCAGGCAUGAGUCCCAGGACUGCUUCCUCGCCUGGACGAGGUCGGCCACUUACCGGAAUCUCCGGAGCAGCGCCAACCAGAACCAGGGGCUGCAGAGCGUACUGAAGGAGAUCGAGCUGAUCCGCAGCUCCAGGGAUGGGCAGAUCGAAGAGGCCAUCAGGUUCAACCAGGAGAUGGAGAGUGAGCUGAGCCGAUCGCAGGAUGCUCUGCUGAAGUUGGAAGAGUGCAACAGGAACCUGAAGCAGGAGCAGUUACAGAUGAGGAAACGAGUAGAAGAGGCGCGCCAAGCGUUGUUGGGAAGUCUAGAGAAGGUGAAGGAACUGGAAACUAGAGCUAAACAAGUUCCAUUCUUACAGAGAAGUGUAGCACAAUUGGAAUCAGAGCUGCAAUAUUACAGGUCAGAGGUUAGGAAGUUUCAAUUCCCACAGCCAAGCACUCAAGAACGGAGGCCCCCGCUUGCAUUGUAUGAGUGGAAGGGUGGUUUACCUGCACACCAGGAACGUAGAUCCCCAACAGGAGAUACAGAAACAUCAGCUUACAAUAUUGAAGAACAGCUGUUCCGUUCAGUAGAAGGACAGGCUGCCUCAGAUGAAGAGGAUGAAAAGUGGACUGAAGAUCAGAAGAGUCAGGUGAAGGAAGUGAAGAAACUUCUGACCAGUCUUUGUUGCUGUGGGAAUGGCUGUGAUGAUAAGACUAUUAGAAAGCUGCUGUCAGAAUUUGGGAACAUAAGGAGUGAUGAGAGCAACAGUGCAGUUCUGGAACUGGUUGAGAAAGUGGCAAAAUUAAAGGAGCAACUGGAGUUAAAGGAAUAUAAAACUCAGCAAAUGGAAACAAACAUGCAUCAGUUGAAAGGGUCCUUACUGUGUGAACUCCAGCAAAAAGUGGAUGAGACUGAACUGCUUCAGAUGGAGCUGCAGAUGUUAGAGACAGAGAGAGUACGACUGUCACUAAUUGAAGAAAAACUGAUGGAUGUAUUACAGCUCCUGCAGCAACUACGUGACCUUAAUGUGUCUAGGAGAUCACUAGGAAAAAUCUUGCUCAGCACUUUGGAGUCCUGCAAUAACCCACAGCAUGGAAAGGUUCACAUCCUGGAGGUAUUGAAUGCCUUGUAUCAUGAACUUGCUGCCUGUGAGCUUCUGUCCGGCAAGCCUUUGGAAAAGGCCCAGAGUCACCAGUCCCUGGUGAAUCCACUGCUUAUCUCAUGCUGAGGAUCUGCAAACUGGGUUUUCCUAUUUGUUAUCAAGCACUUCAAAGAUUUUCUGUAUAGCUACAGCUCCUGUAUUCUGAGCAAGUUUGUAAAAAUGUCAUAUGGCACCUUACUUAACAUAAUGUUAAACCUGUCAGCUAAAAUAAUUCACUUUAGUAGACAGAGACUUAACUGUAUAAUUUUAGUUCCUAAUUAUUAAUCUCUUAUUUGAUGAAGCAACAACUCGAGAUUUAUCCAUAAAGCAUGGUCAACAAAUGCAGUUGGCUCAAAAGAAAUAGUUGUGUCUUUCAAUAUUAGGUGAACCAGAGACUUAUUAAUAUUAGGAGGCCCAUAAAAUAUUGAAAAGGUUUUAUAAGAAAACAUACCUUAUUAGCUCAAACUGUAUACUGUUUGAGAAGAAACAUGAAAUGAAAUGCAUAUUUUAUUCACAAACAGACACAACAAAGUUGUGCAAAAUGUCAAAUAUUGACAUUUAAAAUCCUGCUCAGUACCCCAAAGUGUACUAAAUAUUUACAGGAUCAGGCCAAAUGACAUACAUAAGUGCAGUAGAAGCAUCUAAGGACCUAUGGAUAGAAAGCUACUUCAUAUUAAUGGAAUGAAAUGCUGCAGCCAUAAUCCAGGUGCAUGAUGUCAGUGAAAACUGGGUGGAGGACAUUUUUUUAAAAUAUCAGUGUAAAUGCUGAUAGUCCAUUUGAUAUUAUUUCAAUAAUGUAUAUAUGUAUUUAUUCCUAUGCCAUAUUACACAAGGAAACAUAUCUGACAAAUUUAAAGGAUGGCAUAGCUCUAAUAUAGUAGCAUUUACACUUUAUUCAGAUGUUUGCAAUUAGCUGAGACUAACAUUUCCAUUUUGUAAGUGGAAUUAAGCAAACUCAGAGCCAUGAAAGCAAUUUUGAUUCUAACAGAUAAUUCCAUUGGUCCAGAGACAUUAAAAUUAAUAGCAAACAUUUCAAAUAUGAAAGUAGUCAGUAUUUUUUGUCUCUUUUUAGGCUAUUUGCUUUUUAAAUUAAUUGACAUCACAUCAGUAAGAUGUGAUUUUUGGAGGUGAAGUCAUUAGCAAGCCUGUACACUGCUUCUGGCUGGGAAUUCAUCAAAAAAAAAUGAAGGGAGCUUUGUGGCUGACGGUGUGAAUAACCCAGCAUCAAGGCACAACCACAACUUCCGGCUCUAAACACUGCAGUUAAUGGGCAGGUUGCCCACACAGUAUUAUUUUGGCAACAAACAGUGACUAUGACUGGCUCCAGAGUGACUGCUUGGUUCUAUCUAAAGCUAAAGCUUGUGGGGUGCUUGGCUCUACAUGUGGUUUAAAUCCCCAAAAUAAGCAGUGAAUGAUCUGUCAGAUUGCUUAAGACGCGCUCAGACAUCCAUAAACUGUCCCAUUUACAACGAGAAUUAACUAACAAUUAGUUGGCUUGUCCUGAACUUGGGUGAAUGUGUCUCAAAGUUUUCCUUCAGAAGUUUUGUCGAAGGCUGUAUAAUAAAAGACUGUACUAACAAAGAGGAAGUGCUCUGUCUGAAAUAGAAGGUCCACAAUUGAAAGCAUAGACAAGGCUUGGUAAUGUUGAAGUGGGUAGUUUGUACGUGCAAAGUGGCAGUUGCUUUGUGUGCAUUACCAAUCAAACCUCAAGAUAAAUUUCAAAAAUAAAGUCUGUUACAUAUUUUUAUACCGGAGAGGGCAGAGGCUAAUCUGUUGCCAGCUGCUUAAUCUGCCUUGCACUUUGAGAGUGAGGCAAGCAUAUAAUGUCCUUAUUUUAUACAUGUGACUUUUAAAAAUAAAAGCAAAGCAUUUUUUCUCUGUCA